GUGCUGCUGGGCAGUGCGUCAGUCUCUGACUAGUCUGAACUGCCGAACGUUGAUGAACAGUUGCAUGCCGCUGCUGCCUGAGUGGGCAAGGACGAGCAUGCAAGCCUGUGCCGGGUCCUACAUCCUCCUCAAAAGAUGGGCAUGUCCCGCCCAAUCGUUCCUUCUACCACCAACUCGCUCACUUCACGCGCACACGAACUUCAACUAAACGACCUCAUUCAAACAUACUCACGAUGUCGUUCUGCGCUGGUUGCAUUGAUCUCAAGGAGCUUCCCGGCUCUCCUACCGGAACGGAGAAGCAGAUCGCUGGGCUGACCGUCUACGUCGCCGAAGGUUCCAAGAAAGGUUCCAUUCUCAUCGCUCCUGACAUCUAUGGACUCGGCAUUGUCAACCCGCGUAUUGUGGCUGACAAGCUGGCCAAGCAGUCUGGCUUUACCGUCUUUGCCGUCGACUACUUCAAAGGUGGCCAGAUGAAGCCAGAGGAAUUCGAGCUGCCAUCCAAGGCAUCCGAAGGCGCUCCCGACGAGGCCAAGAUGGGCAAGAACUUUGAGAACUUCAUGGCUUGGUUCGGCAAGGGCAAUGGUCCUGACAAGACCUUCCCUUUGACAAAGCCCGUGAUCGAGGAGGCGAAAAAGUCUGGUCCCGUCGGAGUUGUUGGCUACUGCUACGGGGGCAAGAUCGCCUCUUUGGCUGCUCAAGAGUCAGGCUUGGUGGAUGGUAUCGCCCUGUACCACCCUUCGCUCUUGGAGCCCGAGGAGGCGGACAAGAUCACCACGCCCGUUCUGAUCAACGGUGCGGAGCUCGACCCUCUCUUUGCACCGGAACUCAGGCAGACUUGGGAGACGAAGCUCAAGGCAAAGAACCUUCUCGAUGCAGCUUCCACCACUUACCCAAACACGGUCCAUGGCUUUGGCUUGCGCCCUGAUCUCCAGGACACGCAGGUCAAGAGCGGCUGGGAAAAGUCCAUCGACGCUACUUCUUCCUUCUUCAACAAGGUGUUUGCUUGAGCUCGUCAGUAUCUGGCGUACAUUAUCACCCGACGACAUGGUUAAUGAAGUACAAGUUCCUCUUUCCGACUUGCUCGCGUGUUGCUCAGCGAUGCACAAGCCCUGUGAUGCGCGUCGAGACUAGGCUUUUGUUUUCGCGGGCUAAUGAGCUGUAGCCAGCAUUUCAAAGCCUGGCGUAGCUAGGCGUUCUGCAGACAGCCGAGAAAGUGCAUGGGAACAAGCUGAUUGUUGGAGCUGUGUGUCAGCAGCGAAAGUGACUUUUGACCACUCACGAUUCGUAGACCAGUCUCUCGGGGUGAAUUGCUUCGUCCUCUACGGCACCACUGAAACUGUCGCUGAGGAAGGAAGAUGUGAAGUCUGCCCGAUUGUUGAUCAGCACCACCACAUGGCCGAGCCUGUUCGCGUUUGUGCGAGCCGCACCCGGAUCGACUCAAGGACACGAAUUCAAGACGUUCAAGCUUCUUGGUGUCGGUCCUGCUGCCAUUA